AUGAAGCUGAGGCGAGUAUUGGUGGAUACCGAAAGCACAACCGAUCUUAUAACAAUGGAAUGCCUCAGGCAAAUGAAGUUCGAAGAAAACCACUUGCAGCCCCUCGAUAAACCCUUGAUCGGGUUCAGAGGAAAUCAAGUCAUACCCCUGAGAACAAUCAUACUCCCUGUACGGGUGGGGGAGAGAGACAGGAGCAGAACAAUGCCCAUACGAUUUACGGUGGUGGACAUGACAUUCCCUUACAAUGCCAUUAUGGGACUCCCACUCAUCAACAAAAUCAAAGCCGCAAUCUUCCCUCAUCAACUUUUAUUGCAAUUUGAACAAGAUGACAGACAAGUGGGUAUUCUUAAGGGAGACCAGGUAAUAGCCUACCAAUGCCUCAUCAACACCUUGAAACGAGGAACUUCCGUCAUCCCCUCCAAAAGAGGAAGGGAAGAAAAGUCUCCAUCCGUCAUGAGUGUGUACAUGGACAACCCCAACCCACAUGAAAGGCCUCACCCUGUUGAACGAUAUGAGGAGGUAGAUGUGUUUGAGGGGAAAUCGAUCAAGUUAGGAAAAGACCUUCCAGAGACAGUAAAACAAAAUAUCUUGACUACCGUCGCUGAGUUCCGUGACAUCUUCACUUUUUCUACGGAAGAGAUGCCUGGCAUACUGCCAAGCGUUAUAUGUCACAAACUUAAUAUAAAACCAGCCUACAAACCCGUAAAACAGAAGCUGCGACAUCAAGGGAAUGAGAGAAUUGAGGCCGCCAAAGAAGAAGUGGAAAAAUUGCCGAAAGUGGGAUUCAUCCGGGAAUGCAAAUACUCUGAUUGGCUUUCCAACGUCAUCUUCGUCAAAAAGUCAAAUAGGAAAUGGAGGAUGUGCGUUGACUUCACGAACCUAAACAAGGCAUGCUCGAAAGACGAUUAUCCUCUUCCCAAAAUAGAUCGCUUGGUGGAUUCCACGGCAUGCCACGCCCUUUUGAGCUUCAUGAACACUAACGCGGGUUACCAUCAAAUCACUUUAGCCAUAGAAGACCAGCCUCACACAGCAUUCAUUACAAAUGCCGGGGUAUACUGCUACAAGGUCAUGCCCUUUGGGUUAAAAAAUGCCGGAGCUACGUAUUAG